AUGGCUACUCCUCUCACCCAUCCCCUCAUCAACGACGGCUGGUUCAUUGAAAAGAACGGCCAAUGGCCUGGUCAAGCCAUGGCUCUCAAGGUUGAGGAAAUCCUUCACGUUGAAAAGUCAAAGUUCCAGGAUGUGCUCGUUUUCCAAUCCUCCAACUAUGGCAAUGUCUUGGUUCUUGAUGGUGUUAUUCAGGCUACCGAACGUGAUGAAUUCUCUUAUCAGGAAAUGAUCACUCAUCUUGCCAUGAACUCGCAUCCCAACCCCAAGAAGGUUCUCGUCAUUGGUGGUGGUGAUGGUGGUGUCCUUCGUGAAGUCGUCAAGCACGAUACUGUCGACGAGGUUACCCUUGUUGAUAUCGAUGAAGCCGUUCCUCGUGUCUCCAAGAAGUAUCUUCCCAACAUGGCCAUUGGUUUUGAGCACCCCAAGGCUACCGUUCAUAUUGGUGAUGGUCUUGAGUUCUUGAGAGGCAAGGUCAACAUGUAUGAUGUUAUCAUUACCGAUUCAUCUGAUCCUGAUGGUCCUGCUGAAGGUCUUUUUGGUCCCGAGUUCUUUGAAUUGCAAAAGAAGGCAUUGACUGAGAAGGGUGUGUUCAGCACUCAAGGCGAAUGCAUGUGGCUUCACCUUCCUUUGAUCAAGAAGGUCAAGGAUUUCUGCAAGGAUCUCUACCCCGUUGUCGAUUAUGCUUACACCUGUAUCCCCACUUAUCCCAGUGGUCAAAUUGGUCACAUCAUGUGCUCUAAGGAUCCUAACGCUGUCUUGCGUGAACCUCUUCGCCGAUGGACCCCCGAACAAGAAGACAAGUUGUGCCGUUACUACAAUGCUGAAAUUCACAAGGCUGCCUUUGUUCUUCCUCAAUUCGCCAAGAAGGUUUUGAACGAGUAA